CCGGUAUCGCAAGAUAAAAACAUCAGACUUCAUAGGCCUCCAAAGUCAAGCAGCCCGAAGGAUUCAACGUCCUCCUUGAGGACUCUCAGUCUUCAAGACUCCAGCCACCUAAGUUACCACUUGUUCACUUCUGCCCACGCAGUCACCACGCCAGUCGGCGUCCACUUGUGGUCUCGAUAUCGGCCCCUCCCACCCUAGCCAAGGAGACCUUGGUCCGAGACACAAAGAGAGCGUCACAGCUCGGGAUGGCACCGACCUUUCAGCGAUGGGGAACAAAGGGGGAGGGGAGAAGCGUCCUCGGUUUUUGAGGGUGCCCUUUCUGAGGAAUCUGCAGGCGGCCCGAGGUGGCGCGGAAUCCCCAUAGGCCCCUUCUGGCCUCUGUGCAAUACAACGAGCCCCAGGCCACGGUCCUAGGUGCAGAGGCCACGGCAGAGCCUGAGCGAGCAGGGCUGGGAUGCGGGUCGUCAGAGAUGCGGGCUGGGGAGGGGAGGGUGUGAGCAGCGGGUCCCCCCCCAGUCCCCGCCAGGGCGCAAGCGCAGGCGCGCGGGGUGCGGUCGCGGAGGGGCGGGCACGGCCGGGCGGGGAGCGCGGCGGCGGCGGACGCGGGAAGAUGGCGGCGGCGGCGGCGGCGGCGGCGGCGGCGGCGGCGGCUGCUGAGCAGCAAAGUUCCAAUGGUCCUGUAAAGAAGUCCAUGCGUGAGAAGGCUGUUGAGAGAAGGAAUGUCAAUAAAGAGCACAACAGUAACUUUAAAGCUGGAUACAUUCCGAUUGAUGAAGAUCGUCUCCACAAAACAGGGUUGAGAGGAAGAAAGGGCAAUUUAGCCAUCUGUGUGAUUAUCCUCUUGUUUAUCCUGGCUGUCAUCAAUUUAAUUAUAACACUUGUUAUUUGGGCCGUGAUUCGCAUUGGACCAAAUGGCUGUGAUAGUAUGGAGUUUCAUGAAAGUGGCCUGCUUCGAUUUAAGCAAGUAUCUGACAUGGGAGUGAUCCAUCCUCUUUAUAAAAGCACAGUAGGAGGAAGGCAAAAUGAAAAUUUGGUCAUCACUGGCAACAACCAGCCUAUUGUUUUUCAGCAAGGGACAACAAAGCUCAGUGUAGAAAACAACAAAACUUCUAUUACAAGUGACAUCGGCAUGCAGUUUUUUGACCCGAGGACUCAAAAUAUCUUAUUCAGCACAGACUAUGAAACUCAUGAGUUUCAUUUGCCAAGUGGAGUGAAAAGUUUGAAUGUUCAAAAAGCAUCUACUGAAAGGAUUACCAGCAAUGCUACUAGUGAUUUAAAUAUAAAAGUUGAUGGGCGUGCUAUUGUGCGUGGAAAUGAAGGAGUAUUCAUUAUGGGCAAAACCAUUGAAUUUCACAUGGGUGGUAAUAUGGAGUUAAAGGCGGAAAACAGUAUCAUCCUAAAUGGAUCUGUGAUGGUCAGCACCACCCGCCUACCCAGUUCCUCCAGUGGAGACCAGUUGGGUAGUGGUGACUGGGUACGCUACAAGCUCUGCAUGUGUGCUGAUGGGAUGCUCUUCAAGGUGCAAGUAACCAGCCAGAACAUGGGCUGCCAAAUCUCAGACAACCCCUGUGGAAACACUCAUUAAAAGAACCCCGGAGGUCAACAUGUUUAUAUCUUGACUUGACUUUUUUAUGCAUGCAAAUCAUUGUUUUUACAGAGUUUGUGAUAACUCAUAAUUAUUUUAAUGGCAGAGCACUGCCGUAUCUGUUUUAUGGUCUACAUAGUUAAAAUCUUCUCAGAGAGCCUAAAUUCUAAUAACGUUUUAUUAAUUUACACUAAUCUUCAUAUUUACUGUUCCCUAAAAUAAUUAUGAGAAGCAAAUAAAAUCAAAAUUCAUGUUUAAAGAAGUGUUUUUAAAAUUCCACUAUCCCUUUUCUAAAGGUUAAAGGGCUGAAGCAGCUGUUUAGACUCACUGUAAAUAAACUUUGGUAACUCUAAUGGGGAUAGACCCACUUAAGAUAUUUAAAAGGUACGGCAUCAGUGUUUCAUGCUCUGCCUUUUGGCUUUUAGCUAAAAGGAAAGAUGCAGAUUUCUAGUGCAUUAAGCCUGAGCCAUAUUCUCACAUGCUAGUGAAGUCAUUAAAGAACUUUACAUAUGUGAGAUAGACACAAUGGUUCCUUAGUUUUGCACUAGGAAGAAAAUAUUUUGUAAAAGAAUGUUUAUUUGAAAUAAUGAUAACUAUCAAUUGUUCACAAUGUGGUAGAAAUGAAAACACCAUCUCAGGUUUAACUUUUAAAUAAUAAUGAUAACUAUCUUUAUUGAGCAUCUUCUACAUCCUAGGCAUUGUCCUAGGCAUUGCAUGUUUAUAUCCCCAAUUCUCACCACAACCCUGCAAGUAGGUGGUAUUAUCCAAGUUUUACCCAUUAAGAAACUGAAGAUCAGAGAAGUUAAGAAACUUGCCCAACAUCACAUAGUAAGUAGCAGAGCUGAUAAUGGAAUUCAGGCAUGAUUCAAACCUGGAUGUAGUUGAUUCCAAAUGCCAUGUCGUUUUCACUAUCUGCACUGACUUUUUAAUUAUUUAAAACUCUAAAAGGUGAACAAAGGUUAACUUAAACUUACCUAAGAAGAUGAGAAUCAAACAAAACAGAUAUGCUUACUCUAGUUAAAAAGAAAAUAAAUCUCAUGUCAGACCCAGAAAGGACCAAUCACUGUCUGAUUGUAAGCUAUGUUGGGCCAAUUCCAAAAUAUUAUACAAUGGAGAGGUCAAAUUUACCUACUUGUGAGUUACCUCAGUUUCCCAACAGUGGACCGUGGCACACUGGAGUAACAAUACGUAACAGAGUUGCCAAGAUAUUUAUACCCUCAGCACUCGGGGCAACACAGUGGAAAGUGGGGAGGCCAUAGACCCGAACAAGUUCUUUGGGCCAGGCAUGGCCUGGUAAGUACUCUAUGCCUUGAAAAUAAGUCCAGAAGCACUGGACUAAAGAGUGCUAAUGCAGGAAAUAAUACACAUAAUUUUUAGGUAAGGAUAAUAAUUUAUCUCUGCUCCUAAUAUUACUAUCCCAUUGUAAUUAUUUAUAACCCUCAAGCCAGUUGAUUUUUAAUAUAUUUGAUUGGAAAAGAACUCUGAUAUUUUUAAGACUCACACAGAAUCAGGGACAGGGCCCCCAAAAGAAUUUGCUGCAAAAUAGGCAGUAGAGAUGUGGCAUGGGCCCAACCCUGCAUUCAAGUGUAACAGCAUUCUGUCAGGGUCUCUUUGAAUUGUGCACAUAAGAAAACCAAUACCAAAAACAAUUUGUAUUCAAUAUUGUCACAUUUCUCUCUGGUAGAAAAAUCAAAUACCUUAGAGAUUAUGAAAUCAUUAAAUUAUGCUGAAAUUGGAUUGACUUACUACCAAACACUGAGUGCCGUUUUUAAAUGAAAAGAAUGAGAUUUAUAACC